CUAUGCUGUAAAGGAAAAGGAUGAUGAAGAAAUGCUUAAGAUUAUGUCAAUUUAUGGUAUGGAUUUAUAGUUAGAUUAUUUUCAAGUUUUUAUUCAUUACUUGAUUUAUUUUCAAGUUUUUAUCUAUGGUAUGCAUAAAUGCCUAUAAUUCUAUCAUCUCACAGCCAUGAACCAUUUGUUUAAGGCUUAUCUCUAUUAGUUAGAAGACCCUCUUCAACUUUAUAUCAACUGCAAUAGUAGAACCAUUUGUUCGUGAUCUAUCAUCUAAAGAUCCAUGUUCUAAACUAGGAGGUUAUAUUUAUUUCUACUCAAAAUUUAUUAGAUUUUAAUUCAUAAUGUAAUAGGUAGUUUCAUUUGUAUUUUAUUUAUUUAUGGACUUAUGAAUUAUAUAAUUUAAUUUGUUCAACCCGUGUAAUACACGGGUAGAUAACCUAGUAAUAAUAAUAUAUAAAAAUUACGUAACAUAAGUAACAUAUAUAAUAAAAAAAUAAGUAACAACCCAAACUAAAAUAACCCUGGGCUGGUACCGGUAUUACGUUUCAAACCGGUAUACCGGAUUUUACCGCCGGUACAAACCUUAUGCCGUUUCACUUAUUUACCGGGGUGUUUCGUACCGGAUUUACAUCUGGAAACGGUAAUACCGGUAUAAACAGCCGGUAUUUACCGGUUUUUAAAACAUUGCAUAAAACUAUUUUCUUUUACCGAAUCAGAAAAGGAGUAAAUAUCGGGAUAUUUUCAUUUGAAAUUUAUUAAUUUGUGGCAACCGACGCAGACCCACGUUCUCCACUAUAUAUUGAAACCCCGAAUCCCUGAAACCGUCAUUACAAAUUUCAAAUCCAUUUGAGAGGCGUCUUGAUAAACGCCCUUCGAAUAAUAAUCCUUCAAACCCUAGAUCUCCGAUCCACAAUGAGAGAGUGCAUUUCCGUUCACAUCGGUCAGGCCGGUAUUCAGGUUGGCAAUGCCUGUUGGGAACUCUACUGUCUCGAGCACGGAAUUCAGCCUGAUGGCCAGAUGCCGAGUGACAAAACUGUUGGAGGAGGUGAUGACGCCUUCAACACUUUCUUCAGCGAAACAGGUGCUGGGAAACAUGUUCCUCGUGCUAUUUUUGUAGAUCUCGAGCCCACUGUCAUUGAUGAAGUGAGGACUGGCACAUACCGCCAACUGUUUCACCCUGAGCAACUCAUCAGCGGGAAAGAAGAUGCUGCCAACAACUUUGCUCGUGGCCACUAUACUAUUGGAAAAGAGAUUGUUGACCUAUGCCUUGACCGCAUCCGAAAGCUUGCUGACAACUGCACUGGUCUCCAGGGUUUCCUAGUGUUUAACGCUGUUGGUGGAGGAACUGGUUCUGGUCUCGGUUCUCUUCUGUUGGAGCGAUUGUCGGUUGACUAUGGUAAAAAGUCAAAGCUCGGAUUCACUGUGUACCCUUCACCUCAGGUUUCAACAUCUGUUGUUGAGCCGUACAACAGUGUGCUUUCCACUCACUCUCUCUUGGAGCAUACCGAUGUCUCUGUGUUGCUUGACAAUGAAGCUAUCUAUGACAUCUGCAGGCGUUCUCUAGACAUUGAGCGCCCCACCUACACCAAUCUUAACCGUUUGAUCUCUCAGGUGAUUUCUUCACUGACCACCUCUCUGAGGUUUGAUGGAGCUUUGAACGUGGAUGUUACUGAGUUUCAAACAAAUCUUGUACCUUACCCAAGAAUCCACUUCAUGCUUUCGUCAUACGCCCCUGUUAUCUCAGCUGAGAAAGCAUAUCACGAACAGCUGUCAGUUGCUGAAAUCACCAACACUGCGUUUGAACCAUCGUCUAUGAUGGCUAAGUGUGAUCCUCGCCAUGGUAAGUACAUGGCUUGCUGUUUGAUGUACCGUGGUGACGUUGCACCCAAGGACGUGAACGCAGCCGUAGGAACCAUCAAGACUAAGCGCACCAUUCAGUUUGUUGACUGGUGCCCGACUGGGUUCAAAUGUGGUAUCAAUUACCAGUCACCAACAGCGGUUCCUGGUGGAGAUCUUGCUAAGGUGCAGAGGGCUGUGUGCAUGAUUUCAAACUCCACAAGUGUUGCUGAGGUGUUCUCCCGUAUUGACCAUAAGUUUGACCUUAUGUACGCCAAGAGGGCUUUUGUUCACUGGUAUGUGGGUGAGGGGAUGGAAGAAGGUGAGUUCUCUGAAGCUCGUGAGGAUUUGGCAGCACUUGAGAAGGAUUAUGAAGAAGUUGGUCUGGAGUCCGGUGAGGGUGAAGACGAAGACGAAGAGGAAUACUGAGGGGAUAAGGUCUGUUUGUCGUGGCUGCUUUAUUAUUUUACUUUUGCUGGUUUGUUGUUUCUAGUACUCUAUGGCGUAUGUGUUGUAGUUGCAGACAUAUGGAUGGCUGUUGCAGCCUUUUCUAUUAUAUGUAUUUGGGAUCUCUAAUAUGAAUCUAAGCGUUUAGUAUUAUGUGUUUUUUUCUGCA